AUGAGUACUGCACCAGCAUCUCAAGAAAUUUAUAUAGGAUUUUCCUGUGAAUAGCCUUAUAAGGACAUAAUUUACUCAUAGGGUUAUUCACAGGAAAAACCCAUAAUUCUAAAUCAGUCUGAAGAAUCGGGUUCCAUAUUGCUAUAGGGUUUUUUAUUAUUGGCUGUAAUUUAGGGAAUUACAAUUCUGUCCAAAAUAAUAUUUCUGACACUCUCCAUUGAAAGUCUCAUAAAGAUCUUUUAAUCCCUCUAAUGGCUGCAUUAAUGCCUAUAGGAGCUAUAUUUGGAUCAAUUUUAGCAAGUCCUCUAUCUAAUAAAAAAGGAAGGCGCAAAGCCUUUAUAUUUUCUGAUAUAAUAUCAAUUAUUUCGUCCAUAUUUUUUAUCAUCCCGUUCACAGAAUGUUUUGCAAUUGGACGAUUUUUAUCAGGAUUUGCAUCAGGGCUGUUCACUGUUUUAUGUCCUGUUUACAUAUUUGAACGCGCUCCUAUUGAAAUCGGCGGGAAAAUAGGAGCUUUAAUUAGCAUGAAUUUGACAUUUGGGAUUGUGCUUAUGUAUGCAUUGGCUUUGCCGUUGCCAGAGGAAGAUUGUGAGGAUUAUGAUAUGAAUUAUUGAUGAAUUUUUAUGUUUUCUAUACAAGGAAUAGCUGGAAUAAUUCAGCUUGUUUUGUUUAUGGUAAAAUAUAAAUAUGACAGUCCUAUUUGAUUAUAAUAAUUUGCAUUAAUAAGGUAAAGAUAUAAAUGCUUUUAAAGAAUAAGGUUUUUUGCUUGAAAAUAAAUAUUAAAUAUAUAAAAUAGGGAUAGUUGAGAAAAAUCGCAUUGAAGAAGCAAGGAAAAGCUCCUCACAGAUUUAUCGUCAAGAUUCAGUUACUAAUAUUAUCCAAACCCUUCAAAAAAUCAUUGAAGAAUCAAAAGCAGGCGAAAACCUCCAUGGCUCAAAAUAUUCCGAUUUAUUUUUGUGUAGAAAACAUCAUUCAAAAACACUUAGAAUUGGCUGCAUGUUUAACAUUAUUUAUCAAAUUUGUGGAAUUAAUGCAAUUUUGACGUACUCCACAAAAAUUUUUAGCGAUUUUGGUGAUGAAUUUUUAGCAAGAGUUUUGACCUUGAGCGCGGGAUUUGCAAAUAUGGGCUCUGCGCUGUUUUUAUUUCCACUGAUUGAUAAAUAUAAAAGAAAGCCCACGCUUUGCUGAGGGUGCCUAGGUAUGGCGAUUUGUCUUAUAUUUUUAGGAGCCUUUUCUCUACAUUAUACAUCAAUGCUUCCUCAUUUAAUUUUUAUUUUGGCUUAUUUAACCUCAUUUAUAGUGUUUUCUGCUUUAUUAAUAAUCCUAGUUACUUAAUUUAUAAUAAUCCUAGCUAAAAAUAAUUAAUUCCAUAUAGGAUAAUAUUUUUUGAAAUUUCUAUAGGGCCGUUAUGCUGGAUUAUUUUAGGGGAAAUUUUAGAUGAAAAAGAAUCGAGCAUUUGCUAUGGACUAUGUUGAACAGCUGCAGCUGUAGUUGUUUUUAUUUUUCCAUUAAUGUAUGAUGGAAUUGGGAUUUCGAUAACGUUUUUUAUAUUUGGAGGAAUUUGUUUAUUAAGCAUUAUUUAUUUUUGAUGUGACUUGAUAGAGACUAGAGGAAAAAGUAGGACUGAGCUCAGGGUAGAGCUAUAUCGGAAACAAUAG